CCUACCUCGCAGACGUUUGGGUGCCACCGCCGUUGCAUCUUAUCUCUGACUCUGUCUUUUUCUGUUGACUCUUGUACUCCAUAUAGACAAACCGGGGUAAAAAAAAAAGGACAAUAGAGAGAAAAAAGUGGCCGCUUUAGGGCGAACCACAACAAUGACCCGGUCCUGACUAAAAUUGAAUGGAUUAGCCAAUCUAUUCUGAGCUCUAAUGAGAUUAGAGACAUGGGUCGCGGCGGCGUGGUACCUUCCGUUGAGCUCCUCGGGGAACAUUCUCCCUGUCAGCAGUCCUCCAGACGUGGAAAUGGCGUUUUUGAUACUGAAGAUGCUGCGGGUGCCAGGGGACAAUAACAGACAUUUGAAUGCACACUCACCUGUGCCGCUUUUGUGGCGCGCGGAUUCCUAGAAGUAGAAGUAUUAGUGGAAGUAGUAGCGGUAGUAGUAGCAGCAGUAGCGGUAGUAGUAAAGAAGGACAAAAUGAAGUACCAGAAAUAUAUCACGGUGAUGCAGAUGGCCAUGGGAGUGACAGCCUCCAACAAAGACUGCCUCCCCACUAAGAGACAGCUGUGGGUGACCCCGCAAGAUGGAGAUACAUCCCCCUCAGGUGCUCCCGGGUGUUCAGAUGGGCCUACAGGUGCUACAGGUGGCGCUGGUGCUAUGGCAAUGCCUGCCACCUCCACCCUCUCGUUGCCCAUGAGCCAGGGUAAACCUUCUCUACGUCGCAUCAAAGGCCGCAUUCACCGCAGCAAGAGCCUGGACAGCAUCGAUCUGCUCGACUCCAGUAGUGCAGCGAUGGAGGAAACAGUCAUAUGGGAACAGCACACAGUGACCCUUCACAGGGCCCCAGGUUUUGGGUUUGGUAUUGCCAUCUCAGGUGGGCGAGACAACCCUCAUUUCCAGAGUGGAGAGACAUCCAUUGUGAUAUCUGAUGUGCUGAAAGGAGGUCCUGCGGAGGGAUUGCUACAAGAAAAUGAUCGAGUGGUGAUGGUCAAUGCAGUCUCUAUGGACAACGUAGAGCAUGCCUACGCUGUGCAGCAGCUCCGAAAGAGUGGCAAAAAUGCAAAGAUAACUAUUCGUCGGAAAAGGAAAGUGCAGAUCCCUGUUUCUCGGCCAGGGGACAGGGAGACAAUGUCGGAGCACGAGGAAGACGACAGUGAUGAGGAUGAUGGCUAUGAGCACCACAGUGGUCGUGGUGGCCAAAGUGCCUAUGAAGGGGCAAGCGGAGGCACGGGCACUGGCAGGCGUCACGAUCGUGAGCGUAGCAGCAGCAGGCGGGAUCAUAGUGCCUCGAGGGAGAGGAGCGUCUCACCACGUUCUGAUCACCGAUCACAAGCCUCCUCUGCUCCACUCAGGCCUGCCAAGGUCACCCUUGUCAAGUCCCGCAAAAAUGAAGAAUAUGGACUGCGGUUGGCCAGCCACAUCUUUGUGAAGGACAUCUCCCCUGAGAGCCUCGCUGCCAGAGAUGGAAACAUCCAGGAGGGAGAUGUUGUACUUAAGAUCAAUGGCACAGUUACAGAGAACCUAUCGCUGAUAGAUGCCAAGAAGCUGAUUGAGAGGUCAAAGGGCAAGUUGAAGAUGGUGGUGCAGAGAGAUGAGCGAGCCACGUUGCUCAACAUUCCUGACGUUGAUGACAGUGUCCCAUCAGCCAAUAACUCCGACAGAGAUGACAUUUCAGAAAUACAUUCACUGACAUCAGAUCAUUCUAAUCGAUCCCACGGGCGAGGUAGUAGAUCACGUUCACCUGACAGGUCCGAACCAUCAGACCAUCUCCGUCACUCACCUCGGCAAAUCAGCAAUGGAAGGAUGAGGGCAGGUUCACUGUUGCACAGAUUUCUUCCAAUCCAUCGAAGUCGAGAUGAUGAUCGUGUAUCCAAACCAGGGGCUAUGUCCACACCAGUGAAAAGCUCUGAUGAUGGCGUCUUGUCACAGGCCAGCGAUCAGGCCAGCUCCAGAGAUGACAAACUGUUACCUCCGCUGCCUGAACCAAAGCCAGUUUAUGCACAGCCUGGUCAGCCUGACGUAGACCUACCUGUCAGCCCAUCUGAUGCCCCUGUACCCAGCGCUGCUCAUGAUGACAGCAUCCUCAGGCCGAGUAUGAAGCUGGUCAAGUUCAAGAAGGGAGAGAGUGUCGGCCUGCGGUUAGCAGGAGGGAACGACGUGGGAAUUUUUGUGGCAGGGGUUUUGGAGGACAGUCCUGCAGCUAAGGAGGGGCUGGAGGAGGGAGACCAGAUUCUCAGGGUGAACAAUGUUGACUUUGCUAACAUCAUCCGGGAGGAGGCUGUGCUGUUUCUGCUGGAUCUCCCAAGAGGAGAAGAAGUUACUAUUCUGGCUCAAAAGAAGAAGGAUGUGUAUCGGAGGAUAGUGGAAUCGGACGUGGGUGACUCCUUCUACAUUCGGACACAUUUUGAAUAUGAAAAAGAGUCACCGUAUGGGCUGAGCUUUAACAAGGGCGAGGUGUUCCGUGUAGUAGACACACUCUACAAUGGCAAAUUAGGCUCCUGGCUUGCUAUCCGUAUUGGCAAGAACCAUCAGGAAGUGGAAAGGGGCAUCAUCCCCAACAAGAACAGAGCUGAGCAGCUAUCCAGUGUGCAGUACACCCUCCCCAAAACACCAGGGGGCGACAGAGCCGACUUCUGGAGAUUCCGAGGAUUGCGAAGCUCCAAGAGGAAUUUACGGAAGAGCAGGGAGGACCUGUCAGCCCAGCCAGUUCAGACCAAGUUCCCUGCCUAUGAGAGGGUGGUGCUGAGGGAAGCUGGGUUCCUGAGGCCUGUGGUUAUCUUUGGGCCGAUAGCAGACGUGGGCAGAGAGAAACUGGCCAGGGAGGAGCCAGACAUUUUUGAACUAGCAAAAACACAGCAACAUCAAGGAGGGGAAAAGAGUGAACCCAGGGAUGCAGGAACUGACCAGAAAAGCUCCGGCAUUAUUCGCCUGCACACCAUUAAACAGAUCAUUGACCGGGACAAGCAUGCAGUGCUGGACAUCACCCCUAAUGCAGUGGACCGUCUAAACUACGCUCAGUGGUAUCCAAUUGUGGUGUUUCUCAACCCAGACACCAAGCAGGGCGUCAAGAACAUGAGGACCCGUCUCUGCCCUGAGUCAAGGAAGAGCGCCAGGAAGCUCUAUGACCGAGCCCUUAAAUUAAGGAAGAGCAACCACCACCUCUUCACCACAACCAUUAACUUGAACAACAUGAAUGAUGGUUGGUUUGGAGCGCUGAAAGAGAUAAUCCAGCAGCAGCAGAACCAGCUGGUGUGGGUUUCAGAGGGCAAGGCUGACGGGGCAGCUGAGGAUGACCUGGACAUCCACGACGACCGCCUGUCCUACCUGUCGGCGCCAGGCAGUGAGUAUUCCAUGUACAGCACCGACAGCCGCCACACUUCCGACUAUGAGGACACGGACACAGAGGGUGGAGCCUACACCGACCAGGAGCUGGACGAAACACUGAAUGACGAUGUGGGUCCACCCACGGAGCCUGCCAUCACCCGCUCCUCUGAGCCUGUCCGUGAGGACCCGCCGGUCAUCCAGGAGCCCCCUGGCUAUGCUGGCUACCAGCACACAGUGCAGCUGGACCCCCUGAACCGCAUCGACCCGGCUGGAUUCAAGGCACCAGUGCCGCAGCAGAAAGCAGAGGCCGCUGCCGUCCCUAGCAUCCCCCAGCAGCCUGAGCCCCUGGCUGAGACAGUGCCCCCUGCUGUUGACGUUACUAUAAAAACUGUAGGGGGUCUGAGCCCUGACGAGGCUACUGCAGCUCCCCACAGCCAGCCAAGCCCCAACCCAGAGGCUGGCUCACUUAGGAGGCCCUCCCCUGAGCUAGCCCCUCAGAGCAUCACACCCGAACCUCUACAGUCUGGACCAGCCAGUUCAGAACCAAAGAUUUUUCAGAAGGAUCCAUACAGCACAGACAACAACACAGGCAGAAUCGGUCACAGCAUGAAGCCUGUGACUUACAACCCUCAGCAGGAAUAUCACCCUGACCAGCCAUACAGAGAUUACGACCACCCACCCAGUCGGUAUAUCAGCAGCAGUGGAGUCAGCAGCGUAGGUGGUUACCCAGAACCAAAGUACCAUAACUAUGACUCGAACCCGCCCUAUGAGAACAGUGUGCCUCACCACGACCAGCUACAGUGGAACCCCUACAGCCAGCCGCUCUAUACUGCCAACUCACAGGGCUACAAUCCCCGUUUGCCAUACAGUGAUGGCCCUGACUCCAAGUACACACCUCCCCUCCGCUUCGACGAGCCCCUACCUCAGCAGGGAUUCGAGGGACGGCCUCGCUAUGGUAAACCGACAGGUCCAGGGCCUGUCCGUUAUGAUGAUCCCCCACUUCCUGCUCCGGGGCCUGACCUGCACUACGACCAGGAUUCUCACCUGAGCACAUACCCCUCAGCUGCCCGCUCCCCAGACCCCGCUGCCCAGCGGCCUGCCUAUAACCAGGGACCAACACCGCAGCAAAAGAGUUACAAACCUCAGCAGUACGACCCCAUUCCUGUGAACUCUGAAACCAGCCUCACUCCACCUCCCAAAGCAGAGGCCCACUCACCUUCCCCUGCAGAUUCUCCGAAGCCCGCCCCUGCCAGAGAUGAGAAACAGGAGGAUGACCCCGCCAUGCGGCCACAGUCAGUCCUGACAAGGGUCAAGAUGUUUGAGAACAAACGCUCUGUGUCCAUGGAUAGAGCCAGAGAUACAGGGGAUUCAUCUGGGAACAGGGCAGCCGAUUUACCUUUGAAAGCAGGUGGAGUAAUCCCUAAAGCAAAUUCUCUGAGCAACCUGGAUCAAGAGAAGACCUUUAGAGCCCCAGGGCCUCAGAAGCCUCAGUCCCAGGUAGCUGAUGACAUUGUGCGCUCCAACCAUUACGACCCUGAUGAGGACGAGGACUACUACAGGAAACAGCUGUCUUACUUUGAUAAGAUCCAGUCCGGUCCCAACAAGCCACAAGCACAAACAACCCCCAACUACCCCAGGACGGAGUCAGUGGAGAAGCCAAGUCCAGUUGAGAAAAAAUAUGAACCAGUUCCCCAGGUGACGCCUUCUCUGCCUCCAGCCACACUGCCCAAACCCGCACCUGAAGCCAAGCCUCCUGCCCGAGAGGACACUGUCCAGGCCAACUUCCUGCCUCACAAGAGUUUCCCAGAGAAGUCUCCAGUUAAUGGUACUAGUGAACAGCCUCCAAAAAGUAACACCGGGGCUCCACCAGUAUCCAGCUACAACCGCUACACGCCCAAGCCCUACACCACAUCUGCCAAGCCUUUUGCGCGGAUGUUCGACAGUCCUAAAUUCAACCACAACCUUCUGCCCAAUGACAAGCCUGAGACUGCUCCAAAGGGCCAGAGCUCCAGCCCAGUGAAGCCUCAGAUACUCCCGCAGCCCCAGAACACAGACCAUGACAGUGGCCUGGACACUUUCACACGCACUAUGGACCAACGCUCCAAACAGCAGCACAAUAACAUCAACGCUGUGCCCAAGGCCAUCCCUGUGAGCCCCAGUGCCCUGGAUGAUGAUGAGGAUGAAGAUGAGGGCCACACAGUGGUUGCAACAGCUCGAGGUAUCUUCAACUCUAACGGUGGCGUCCUGAGCUCCAUUGAGACAGGUGUCAGCAUAAUUAUCCCACAGGGUGCCAUCCCUGACGGUGUGGAGCAGGAGAUCUACUUCAAGGUCUGCAGAGACAACAGCAUCCUGCCACCACUCGACAAAGAGAAAGGAGAGACUCUGCUCAGCCCUCUGGUGAUGUGUGGACCUCAUGGCCUCAAGUUUUUGAAGCCUGUGGAGCUACGCUUACCUCACUGUGCGUCUAUGACCCCUGAUGGUUGGUCUUUUGCUCUAAAAUCCUCCGACUCCUCGUCGGGUGACCCAAAAAGCUGGCAGAACAAGUCUCUCCCCGGGGACCCCAACUACCUGGUGGGAGCCAACUGCGUUUCUGUGCUCAUUGACCACUUUUAAGGACGGACCAGCAGGUGUGAUGUUACUGAAUGUGAAACCAUGGGGGAUAAAAUGAAAAGGAUGCACGCACACACACACACACACAGAUGCACUCCAAACAUACGCACACACCACAUAAUGGAGUAUGAAGAAGACCCAGUCAGUGCUGUUUACUGCACCCAUGAAGGCGAGACACUGAUGAUCGUUACAAGCUGUUCUUUGAACUCUUUCCCAAUUUGAAGUUUUGAUGUGAAAUGAAACCGAUAAUGCAUGCCCCAUGCCACUGAAGAUUGACACUAUAUAUAAGGCAAUGUUUAAAUGUAGUUUUUACAUGAAUACAGAUGGAUGGAUGGUUUUUGAGGCAGCAUACAUGCUUCAAAAAUCUGUGUCGGUAUAUUUAUGCUAUAUAUGCGUACAGUAUAUAUAGUACUAUAGAGAAGAUUUACUAAACUUUUACUCAUGAAUUCAACUACCAGUCAACAUCUUAUUUUUCAGUUCAGGUGACUCAAUACAAAUGUGUAUCUCCACGUUUUUCCCACAUUGCAGGAAUUUCAAUGAAGGUUUGAGACAGUUGUGAGGGAAGAUUAAACCAUGUGAUGGUGACAUUUGCAAGUAUCUGUUGAAGGAGUUGGCAAAACACAAGCUGGAUAUGAACCCAAGCAGCACACUUUUAGAGACGUUCUUCCUUGAAUUCUUCCUUUCCUACAGUAAUAACUUGUAGCUUAACCUCUUACAGAGUACCACGUCUCUCCUUCCAGCCUGAGGGAGAUCUAUGCAUGUUCUUUACUCAGGUCCAGUAGCCUCCUCAGUUCCUUCUUCACAUCUAUUUCUCUCUCUAUCUUUCUCUCCUCUUCUCUCUUUCUAUCUUUUUCUCUCUGUGCACUCUCGCACUCACACACAAAUAAGCAGUGAUGCCUUAUCUGCAGAUUAUUCACUUUUCAUGAAGAAAAAAAUAAGUUAUGAUAAAUUAUGGUAUAAUGUCAUUUGUUUUGCCAUUUCUUGUGAACCCACUGUAUAAAAAUAAACUUGGGUUUAGCACACAAUAACAAUUGAUAAAGGAUAAAGGUAUGCUCUUCUUUUAUCUGCUAUGCAUUACUUAAAAAAGAAAAAAAACAACAGAAAAGAAGUGGCUGUAAAUAAUGCUAGCAUAUUGCCUUGUUUCUCUUGUUUGUAAAUGAACUUUUUGUAUGUCUUUCUUUUUUGUAUAAAACUUAGAGAAAACGGAAGAGUGGAAGAAAGUGAACGUGGUUAUCUUUGUAUUCUGAAUAUACCCUCAAGCCUUGGAACUUGUAACCUAAAAAUAAUACAUCACACCUUUUCUACCAAUAUAUUCACACCAUGUUAUGGUCACAAAAAGGGUCUUUUUAUGGCUAUUUAAGGAUCAGGAAUGUGCUUGGGCUAAAAUACAUUUAAAAACAUGUUCUUUUAAAAGGGUGGGCUCUCAAAGUGUCUCCCUCACUGAUUUGUGAUACUGGAUGCUGUAUCGUGUGCCCUUAAAUGUAUUUUUGUACUAAUAGACAAUAUAUUAUGUAUGGCACACCAGUACCUUUUUAUUUUUAGAUAUAACACGGCUUUAAUUGGAUAUUAGCUCUUCACGUGUGGCUGACUUUUUUUCUCUUCUGCAACACAAUUUUAAGUAUACCACUGUAUUAAUAAAUAAAAUCAUUUUUAAAGUAAA